GGGACACGAGCUGUGGGAAGAUGUUCCAGCUGUGCCUCCCCCGGGGGGGGGGCCGGGCCCUGCUGGGGCUGCGGCUGCUCCGGGGCCCCCCCGGGCCCAGCCGGGCCCUGAGUUACCAACCCCUGCGCAAGGUCCUGGUGGCCAACAGGGGUGAGAUCGCCAUCCGUGUGUUCCGGGCGUGCACCGAGCUGGGGAUCCGCACCGUGGCCGUGUACUCGGAGCAGGACACGGGGCAGAUGCACCGGCAGAAAGCGGACGAGGCUUACCUGGUGGGCAGGGGGCUGCCCCCCGUGCAGGCCUACCUGCACAUCCCCGACAUCAUCAGGGUGGCACAGGAGAACGGGGUCGAUGCCAUCCACCCCGGGUACGGGUUCCUGUCGGAGCGGGCCGACUUCGCCCAGGCCUGCGUGGACGCCGGGGUUCGCUUCGUGGGACCCUCCCCCGACGUCGUGCGCAAGAUGGGGGACAAAGUGGAGGCUCGGGCCAUCGCCAUCGCCGCCGGGGUGCCUGUGGUCCCCGGGACGCCGUCCCCGGUGUCGUCCCUGGCCGAGGCUCAGGAUUUCGCCUCCCGGGUGGGCUUUCCCAUCAUCUUCAAAGCCGCCCACGGGGGCGGCGGCCGUGGCAUGAGGGUGGUCCGGGGCCCCCAGGAGCUGGAGGAGAGCUUCUCCCGCGCCUCCUCCGAGGCCUUGGCAGCCUUUGGGAACGGGGAGCUGUUCGUGGAGAAGUUCAUCGAGCGCCCGCGCCACAUCGAGGUCCAGAUCCUGGGUGACUCCCACGGGAACAUGGUGCACCUGCAUGAGCGGGACUGCUCCAUCCAGGGGCGGCACCAGAAGGUGGUGGAGAUCGCCCCGGCCGCCCGGCUGCCCCCCGAGCUCCGCGCCCGCCUGGCCGACGACGCCGUGCGCCUGGCCCGGCAGGUGGGCUACGAGAACGCGGGCACGGUGGAGUUCCUGGUGGACCAGAACGGGGAUUAUUAUUUCAUCGAGGUCAACUCCAGGCUGCAGGUGGAGCACACGGUCACCGAGGAGAUCACCGACGUGGACCUGGUCCAUGCCCAGCUCCAGGUGGCCGCGGGCCGGUCCCUGCCCGAGCUGGGGCUGCUCCAGGAGAACAUCCGAGUCAACGGCUGCGCCAUCCAGUGCCGCGUCACCACCGAGGACCCCGCGCGCGGCUUCCAGCCCGACACCGGGCGCAUCGAGGUGUUCCGCUCAGGGGAGGGGAUGGGGAUCCGGCUGGACGGGGCCUCGGCGUUCCAGGGGGCCCUGAUCUCGCCCCACUACGACUCCUUGCUGGUUAAAGUCGUGGCCCACGGGCCGGACCAGCCGGCGGCCGCCGCCAAGAUGAGCCGGGCCCUGGCCGAGUUCAGGAUCAGGGGGUCAAGGUGGACGAACAUCCCGUUCCUGCAGAACGUCCUGGCCCACCCCCAGUUUUUGGGGGGCGAGGCCGACACCCAAUCCAUCGACGAGAACCCCGAACUGUUCCACCUGCGCCCGGGCAGAACCGCGCAGAACCGCGCCCAGAAACUGCUGCACUACCUGGGUCACGUGAUGGUGAAUGGGCCCAGCACCCCCCUGCCCGUGAAGGCCAAGGCGGCGCUGAUGGAACCCACCCCUCCCCCAGUGCCCAUGGGCCCCCGAGGCCUGCGGGCGGUGCUGUUGCGGGAGGGCCCGGGGGGCUUCGCGCGGGCGCUGCGGGGGCACCGGGGGCUGCUGCUGACGGACACCACGUUCCGAGACGCCCACCAGUCCCUGCUGGCCACGCGCGUGCGCACCCGAGACCUCGCCCGCGUCGCCCUCGUGGCCCACCACCUGAGCCCCCUGUGCAGCCUUGGGACGUGGGGAGGCGCCACCUUCGACGUGGCCAUGAGGUUCCUGCACGAGUGCCCCUGGGAGCGGCUGCGGGAGCUGCGGCGCCUCGUCCCCAACAUCCCCUUCCAGAUGCUGCUGCGCGGGGCCAACGCCGUGGGCUACACCAACUACCCCGACAACGUGGUCCACAAGUUCUGCGAGGUGGCGGCGGCCAACGGGAUGGACAUUUUCCGGGUGUUUGACGCCCUCAACUACAUCCCCAACCUGCUGCUGGGCGUGGAGGCGGCGGGGAACGCGGGGGCCGUGGUGGAGGCCGCCCUGUCCUACACGGGGGACGUGGCCGACCCCACCCGCACCAAGUACGGCCUCCAGUACUACCUGGGGGUGGCCCGGGAGCUCGUGGCGGCGGGGACACACGUGCUCUGCAUCAAGGACAUGGCCGGGCUGCUGACCCCCGAGGCCGCGCGGCUGCUGGUGGGGGCCCUGCGGGAGCAGCACCCCGAGGUGCCCCUGCACGUGCACACCCACGACACGGCGGGCGCCGGCGUGGCCUCCAUGCUGGCGGCCGCCCAGGCCGGCGCCGACGUGGUGGACGUGGCCGUGGACGCCAUGUCCGGCAUGACCUCCCAGCCCAGCAUGGGGGCACUGGUGGCCUGCGCCCGGGGGACACCCCUGGACACCGGGCUGUCCCUGGAGCGAGUGUUCGAGUACAGCGAGUACUGGGAGGGGGCGCGGGGUCUCUACGCCGCCUUCGACUGCACGGCCACCAUGAAGUCGGGCAACGCCGACGUGUACGAGAACGAGAUCCCGGGGGGCCAGUACACCAACCUGCACUUCCAGGCCCACGCCAUGGGGCUGGGCCACAAGUUCAAGGAGGUCAAGAAGGCCUACGCUGAGGCCAACAAGCUGCUGGGGGACCUCAUCAAGGUGACGCCGUCGUCGAAGGUGGUCGGGGACCUGGCGCAGUUCAUGGUGCAGAACGGGCUGUCCCGCCAGGACACCGAGGCGAGGGCGGACGAGCUCUCCUUCCCCUCCUCCGUCGUGGAGUUCCUGCAGGGACACAUUGGGGUCCCCCCGGAGGGCUUCCCCGAGCCCUUCCGCUCCAAGGUGCUGAAGGACCUGCCGCGGGUCGAGGGUCGCCCGGGGGCGUCGCUGCCCCCCCUGGACUUCGAGGCGCUGGGGCGGGAGCUGGGGGCGCGUCACGGGGCCCCCCCCAGCCCCGAGGAGCUGCUCUCGGCCGCCCUGUACCCUAAAGUGUACGACGAGUUCCGAGCCUUCACCGCCACCUUCGGGCCCGUGGCCUGCCUGGGCACCCGCCUCUUCCUCGAGGGGCCCACCAUUGCCGAGGAGUUCGAGGUGGAGCUGGAGCGGGGGAAGACGCUGCACAUCAAGGCCCUGGCGCUCGGGGACCUCAACGCGGCCGGGCAGCGAGAGGUGUUCUUCGAGCUCAACGGGCAGCUGCGCUCCAUCCUCGUCAGGGACACCCAGGCACUCAAGGAGAUGCACAUUCACCCCAAGGCCGAGCGGGGGGCCAAGGGGCAGGUGGGGGCCCCGAUGCCGGGGGAGGUGGUGGAGGUGCGGGUCAAGGAGGGGGCCACGGUGGCCAAGGGGGACCCCCUGUGCGUGCUGUCGGCCAUGAAGAUGGAGACGGUGGUCACGGCCCCCCUGGGCGGCACCGUCAGGCGGCUCCACGUCCGGCCCGGCCUCAGCCUGGAGGGCGACGACCUCAUCGCCGAGAUCGAGUAGAGAGAUUGAUGGGGGGGGCUUCGGGACACCCCCGACCCCCAAAAACCCGCCCCCACCCCAAAAAAACACACACCCC